AUGUUCUACUCAACGCAACAACAGCUCAAAGGUGGAGGGAGCGGAGACACGGCGACGAUGAGCGUAAAAGAGGUCAGCUUCCACUCGACGACUUCACGAAAGACGGUGGUAUCUAGGAGUAGAUGGGCGACGGAAGACGGUGGCUUUGGUGAUUGCACUUUCUCGGCUUCCUCAGAAGCACCCGAGUCCUUCAUGAGACGUAGACCGACGCUUUCCACAUCACUGUCCCAUAGCUGGACCUUUUCCUGA